GGCGUCGCGAACGUGGGAGAGACGGACGCUGCGGUACAUCACCAGUAUUACUGUCCCUCCCUGUCUCCUCUUCUUCUACAGUUCUCAGGUCUCCCCCAUGAAGGUACACACUCUGGUUAAGCAUCAGGAGGGAAGAAUCAAGAAUAAAGUGUAAAUAAUGCAUCUGGAGGGAGAGAGCCUGAAAACACUUAUAUGUGCAGCAUUUCUUCUGAUAAUGAAACACAGUCACUGUUCUGCUUGUAACGGGGCUGAAUAUGAAAUUGACGAAAGAUGUUGUCCUGCCUGUGAUCCUGAAAUUGGUUUAAAGAAAGUGAAGGAGUGUACAAACUCUUCAGACACGGUGUGUGGAGCCCUGGAAGGGAACUAUUGUAUUGAUCCUUAUGAGGGAGGAUGCAGAGCAGCACAGAAACACACAACCUGCAAACCUGGACACUUCAUCAAACACCCUGGAACAGAAUAUAAUGACACUGUGUGUGAGAACUGCCCUGAAAACUUUUACUCAAGUGGAUCUUCAACAUCCUGUUCACCACACACAGACUGUGAAUCCCAAGGACUUUACACAUUUAAACCAGGAGACGGUGUGUCUGAUUCUCAGUGUGGAGAGAUCAGCCGAGUCCCUCUUAUAGCUGGAAUUACAGUUGGAAUAAUUUUACUGCUGUUACUAGUUGGAGGAGUAACACUGUAUAAAUCAGGCUUCUGUCACAAGGAGAACAGCUCCAUCCCACCUGAUUUGGUCCUCGAUCCUCUUUAUCCUCCCCAGCAGGAUUGCUCCUUGAAGCUGCUACGGAUUCCCCUGAGUUUGUAUCCUGAUCCUCCUGUGGCCUCCGCUGUGGACUUGGUCCUUGAACUUGAGAUGUAUUCAAGGCUGCACCCUGCCCCCACUUCGGACAGCCUGAUCACAUCUCGGUGUUCCUCUACCCUGCAUACAGACAGCUCCUCAAGCAAGCCCCCCCAAUCCGGACAUACCCCAACCAAAAGCCUUAGAUAA